CGUAAAACACAGACCCCCCCCUGUCUCUACCUUCUCUCUCCCUUUCCUGCUCUUCCGCUCCUGUUUCUUUCGUUUUCCGUCUUUCUCUUUCUCCUCUUCGGAUUCCUUCUCUCUAUCUCGACGGCUCCCGUUCCCAUCCCGCUGUUCUCGCAUUCGUUCCGUCCUCUCGCGAGGCCUUCCCUGAACAGGCGUCCGGCCGCGUUCUUCUCUCGAUUUCCGCUCUUCCACGAUGACUGCGCUGCCUCCUCCGCCUUCGGCGAAUGUCGCCGUAUCCUUCACUGCUGCGCCUGCAGAACCGCUUUCUCGCGGGGAGGUGAAGGCGGCGUCUUUGAAGCUGGAGCUGCAGAACAUCGAGAGGGAGUUGAAGGACUGGUGGAUGAGCAGAAAGAUUCUUCGUGACAGAAACAUCGGUCUCUUCAACCUCUUGCAGCACCACAACUUUGCCGGUCUCUCCGUCAACAACGCAAAACUUUCUGACAGCCAAAGGGUCAUGUGGACGGACCUCGUUCAGGGAAAGCCUGACGUCGAGGACAAGUUGAGCGUGGACGCUCGUGAGAUGAAGGUCGACAUGUAUGAGAAAAUGUUCAAGCAGGCGGCGGAUCUGGAGAACCCCUGCCGCAUGCCCGGCGUCGCGUAUCUGCGCUGCCUGCGCGACACCCUCACCGAGACGCAGAGUGCGCGACGCUCCUCGUGUCUCAACGCCUUCAGCAGCUUCGACGCAUGCAGGACUGGGCUCCUCAAACAGCAAUCUGCGGCCGUCGAGAACAGCUUGGUUCGACAGAACAUGGCAGACGUCCGCGCAAAGGCUUUGUUCGAGCGUCGCGCCGUGCUGUUGGACUUGGUCGAAGGCAAAUGAGCUGAUCAAAGAAACCAGAUUUCCUCAUUGUUCAACUGCUGCAUUCCUCUCAAUAGGUCCACCUGGUCCUCUCUGCGACUCGUGAACAUAUGCGCAUGCACGCGCAAAUACAUAUCGGGAUGUGUCAUUGGAUGGAUGCAUGCAGAUGCAAAUAAAUUUGCAUAUACAUCUGUACAUGGGGAUAUAUAUAUAUAUAUAUACGCACAUGUGGAUGUAUUUCUCGGUCGCUGUCGGGAUGUAUGUCUUCAUUUGUGUUUGUAGAGAGAUCUCUGUGUGAAGAUGAUAUGUGUAUACAUGUAUCUGCCUUGUAUGUGUGCAUGUCCAUGUACUUGCUUGCAUGUGCUGUGCCGCUUCGCUUUUUGCGUCUCUUCGUCGGCGUUGCUGCGCCGCGGCUGGAUGCUUCUGGCUGGGAGUUGGCGGGGGGACCGAGGCCGGAAGAGACGCGUUCUGAAGACUAAGAUUCUGCUUUCUC